AUGCCUUCUCCGCAGAAAAAUUAUUCGAAAUAUCUAUCUAUCUAUCUAUCUAUCUAUCUAUCUUAUACUGUUCAUUAUCUAUCUACCUAUCUAUAUUAUACUGUUAAUAUAUAUCUAUCUUAUAUUGUUCAUAUCUAUCUAUCUACCUAUCUAUCUUAUAUUGUUCAUAUCUAUCUAUCUAUCUAUCUAUCUAUCUAUCUAUCUAUCUAUCUUAUACUGUUCAUUAUCUAUCUAUCUACCUAUCUAUCUUAUACUGGUAAUAUCUAUCUAUCUAUCUAUCUAUCUAUCUAUCUAUCUAUCUAUCUAUCUAUCUUCUACUGUUCAUUAUCUACCUAUCUAUCUUAUACUGUUAAUAUAUAUCUGUCUUAUACUGUUCAUAUCUAUCUAUCUAUCUAUCUAUCUAUCUAUCUAUCUAUCUUAUACUGUUCAUUAUCUAUCUAUCUACCUAUCUAUCUUAUACUGUUAAUAUAUAUCUAUCUUAUACUGUUCAUAUCUUCAUUUAUCUAUCUAUCUAUCUAUCUAUCUAUCUAUCUAUCUAUCUAUCUAAUUCUUUAUCUAUCUAUCUAUCUAUCUAUCUAUCUAUCUAUCUAUCUAAUCUAUCUAAUGCUGCUGAUAAUGAGUGUAGCAGAAUUUUAUAGCACCCUUGUUAUCGGACAACGGAUUGCACAAAUGCCAGUGGAGCUGCUCUUUUCUCCGUCAUCUAUGACAUAA